UUUGGUUCACAAUUUUUUUGAAGUUCAGACAGUUAAGUUCCUGUAUUAUAUUUUUCUGUACCUAGGUACUUCUCAUAAUGAGUUUCCAAAAUGUGUGUAUUGCUUGCUUGGCUACCAAUGUGGAGAUGUUUAACAUGAAUAAAUCAUCUAUUAACAUUUACUCCAACCUAACCGGCAUAACGAUCGCCAAAGAAUCCGAUUGUGUAUGUUUUAUAUGUUGGGGAAUACUUAUAAAAAUUGAAAGAUUUGCAUUAGACUGUCUCAGGGCUCACAAUACUCUUACAAGUUCAAAGCAAUCAAUGGACUACAUUUCCCAGCAACAUAAACCAAACUUAGGGAUCUCAUCUACAAUCAUUCUAUGUGAUAUAUCAGACAUUGAUAAUGAUGCAAAAGGUUACCCAAAUGAUCCUGAUCCAGACUUAGAUGAAAACUCCCAAAUAGAAAAAGUUUAUUUAUCCGAUGACAAUCAUAUUGGUGAUGAUGAUGAUUAUGGUGGUAAUGUGCCAACAGAAAAAGUUAAUUUUACUAAUGAUGCCCAUAUUGAUGAUGAUGAUGAUGAUUAUGGUGCUAAUGUCCAGCUUUGUGAUCUUAAAAUAGAGAUCCAUGGCCACAACUUCAUUGUUAGUGGGUUAAGAGAAAAAGAAGAUGAUAAUAAAAGCAUAAAUAUGGACCAUGACUAUGCAGGUCUGGCUACAGAGAAUUUAAAUGAAAGUAAUGAACAUACUGAAAUAGAAUCGAAUUUGGAUACUUAUGCAAGCAACUCCCCAUACCAAGAAACAAUGCAGGAGUCUCACAGAGAGAUAAAACACAUGACUUCUAGUGAUAAAAACAUAAAACCUACUAAAUCAGCAAUUGAAAUUGACAAAUCCAUGAUGGAGAUUGUACUAAUGAGUUCUGAAGAUGCUGAAAAAGAAGUAAAAUUAAGAAAAAAGUCAGAUAACUAUAAAAAUAGUAGAUAUAAGUGUGACCUUUGUUUUAGAGGGUUUAUUUUAGUUAAAACAUAUAGCAAUCAUAUGACAAGACAUAAUGCUGAAUGUGGAGAUUAUGAAUGUUACUAUUGCCAUGUGAGAGCGCAAUCGCCAGAAGCCAUGAAAAAACAUAUCUCCAUUCAUCACAUAUACAAAUACAGCUGUAAACUGUGUAACUAUAUCUGCUUCGAAAAAUAUCAAGCAAUAAAUCACAUCAGACACCAUGAAGGCACGAAUUAUGAAUGCGAAUAUUGCAACAAAAUCUUUCAGCAUCACAACACCUUGUCAGAGCACAUACGGAAGGCUCACAGCUCAGAGACAAACGAGGUGUUGUGCGUUUUUUGCGGAGCCGUAUUAAGAACCAAAACAGGCCUCAGUUGUCAUAUUACACUAUUACAUCCACAGUUCCAGGAGAGUGCGCCUCGCUUGGGCCCUACGUGUGUGCAGUGUGAUGUACAGUUCUGUACCGUCGGCGCUUACAAGAGGCAUCUGGUGCUCUCCAAGAAACAUACUGACAGACACAGCUGCGCAGUCUGCAGUUCCACCUUCUCGAGCGCCGCCGCGCUACAGAUCCACGAGAGGAGGCACGAAGAGGGGUACAAGGGGGGGCACGCGGGGGGGCACAAGUGGGCACGGAGGGGGUGCAAGUCGUUCCCGUCCGUCUGUGAUGAGUGUCCAGUGACAUUAACAACACGCGCCGAGUACACCCCUCACAUGUUGUCGUGUCACCCGCACUCGAAGGCCGCGAGAGCCGCGCGCCGCCCGAGCCAGUACGUGUGCGAACACUGCGGGAAAGCAUUUAAGAAACGUUGCGACCUAACCUACCAUCUACCUACCCACACGGGCGCCCGCCCCUACGCCUGCCUACAAUGCGGGGCGCGCUUCCAACACCCGACGCUGCUGUCGAGCCACAAGAGGAGGCACCACAGCGACCGAGCCAAGGCGCAGUGUGAGGUGUGCGCCAAGAUGUUGAGCUACGACAACUUGCAACGGCAUAUGCGGAGUGUACACCAAGGCAUUCGGCCGCACAAGUGUGAAUUAUGCGACAAAGCAUUUCACGAUCGCUGUACACUCAAGUUGCACAUCAAAUGUACUCACGAUAAGGUGCCGUGGCCGAAACCAAACAGGAAAGCUGCUACUAAGAAGAAUGAUGAUGAAAGUGAGAUGUCCAGUCGAUCUACAAGUGAAGGUGAUGACACUGACAGUGAGCCGAGUGCAGUAGCACGCGAGCAAUUGGACUUAUUUUAUGAAUAAUUAUUAUUAUGUGAUAGGUACUUUGUUAGAUUUCACAAAUAAAAGGUUUUUAAAAUGA